GCCGGGAGGAGGAGAGAGGAGGGAGGAGGGAGGGCUGGAACCUGAGCCAGCAGCAGCAGCAGUGGCGGCGGUGAGUGACCCGCCUGGCUGCCGUUGUCGUCUCCUCCUCUGCCCCCGCCGCAGCCUAGCACCGGCAGCGCCCAUUGGGGGACGGAAGUCCCUGGCAGCCGUCCCCAGCGGGGCCCCCGCCCGGUUUCUCUACGCCCGACACUAAGGAACUCUUCUCCUUCGGUUCCUGCCUAGCGCCAUGGCGGCGGCGGCGGCGGCUGAACCCAGUAGUAGCGGCAGCUACCAGCAGUUGCAGAAUGAGGAAGAGCCUGGUGAGAAUCUACAGGUUGUAAAUGACUUCCCACCACCUUACAGCAGCAUCUCCGGGGAGAAUUCAGUGUAUUUUGACUACAAAGAUGAGGCUGGGUUUCCCAAGCCCCCUUCUUAUAAUGUAGCCACAACACUGCCUACGUAUGACGAAGCAGAGCGAACUAAGGCUGAAGCUACCAUUCCCUUAGUUCCUGGAAGGGAGGAGGACUUUGUGGCACGGGAUGAGUUUGAUGAUACUGACCAGCUGAGGAUAGGAAAUGAUGGCAUUUUCAUGCUGACUUUCUUCAUGGCAUUCCUUUUCAACUGGAUUGGAUUCUUCCUCUCUUUCUGCCUGACCACCUCAGCUGCAGGAAGAUAUGGAGCCAUUUCUGGAUUUGGUCUCUCUCUCAUUAAGUGGAUCCUGAUAGUCAGGUUCUCUACUUAUUUCCCUGGUUACUUUGAUGGUCAGUACUGGUUGUGGUGGGUCUUCCUUGUAUUAGGCUUCCUCCUGUUUCUCAGAGGAUUUAUCAAUUAUGCAAAGGUUCGGAAGAUGCCAGAUUCAUUUUCCACUCUUCCCAGGACUAGAGUUCUCUUUAUUUACUAAAGACAGAUGUUUUCUGGCAACAUUUUCCUGCAUUAAUGAAUUUUCCCUCAAGUAGUAAGUGGACACCUGCAGGAAGUGCAUCAAGACGCUGAACACGGAAGAAGAAGAAAAUAAUCACCUGCUUUAAAAUAAAUAAAAGUACUGUUGGGGGAAAAAAGAAGCAUUUAUUUCUAUUUGUUCCUAGAUGUACAAUUUUAAUAGCUUAAUGCAGAACUCCUGUAAUCAUUGAAUCAUUCGUGGCUAAUGUUUGAAAUGGCUCUUGCAAUCAAGUCUGUGAUGUUACUAAUAAUGCCUUAUAUAGUAUUUGUAGUCCUUUAAAAAGCAUGAGCUAUUGCCCUUUAGCCAGAAGGGGUCAGUCUUGCUUUUUGUUCUUCUCCUUUAAAAUGAACUUGGAAUAUGUUCUAUUAGUGUAAGAUAAGUAAUAAUGCUGGCCAUUGUGAAGGGAUAUUCUCUGAACUUUAGAAAACUCUUUUGACUGUUUUUCUGCACAUCGUGUAUAUCUGUUGUUUUAAAAUAAAUUGAAAACAACCUGGAAGUAAAACCUACAUGCACAAUGUGAAUUGUUUUUAAGGUAUAGUAGUGAAAGAAUAUUACUAAGAAAGUGGAACAAGUAUUAACUUUUGGUAGUAUGUAUUCUUAAUCUAGCAGUAUAGAUUACUUUUGUACUGCAAACCUUUUGAGUAGGGGCUUUCACAGUAUAUGUUGGUGAUGUCAGAUUCAAAGACGUUUAAAAUCAGAAAGCAGGCCACGUAGAACUCUUUUGAGAUGGUCCCUGACAUAGCUGUACUUCUUGCUUUUCUAGUUUCUGGUGCAUUUAAAUAUAGAUUAUUGUGCACUUUUGUGAUUUUUGCAAUGCAGUAAUUCAGAGUUUAUGAUGUUAAAACUGUAAAUAUAGCAGAAUGUUAAUAAAUGUCACUUAUAUUA